AGUCACCAAAGAGGUGUGCUAGGACCCACAAUUGAACUCACUUUUCUGUUUAUUGGUGAGUUUUUAUGUUUGUCACGGCAGCAAAAGAAACCAACGUCCCAUAUAUUAGUGUCUAAACCGUGGCUAUUGAGGAUAGACACCAAUCAUUGGUCUCCAUUGACCCAAAUCACACCAUUGUCAAUGGUGUUUUUAGCCCACUUUUGUGGUAGUGGUGGUUCAGCAUACAGAGUGUUGAGAAUAAUAUGGUUUCAGGUAACCAGUGGAAUCAACCGGGGAUCAAACUAUGGCCAUCACAUGUUGUACUCGGGUGUUGUUGCUGAAGAUAGGGAGGCACUAAUAAGUGGAGUGCCCUCUUUAUCAAUAUCACUAAAUUGGAGGAAGGAUGAAAGUCAAGAAAAUGAUUUCAAAGAUGCAGUUGUUGUUUGUUUACCUCUAAUAAAUGCAGCUAUCAGGGAUAUUGAGAAGGGGGAAUUCCCCAAGAGUUGCUUUCUGAAUAUAGAGAUUCCUUCAUCUCCUUUAUCAAACAAGAUUUGUGUUUCUGAACAAUUGUUGAAUUGUCUGGCCUGGAAAAACGUUAUUGAUACAUAUUGCUGAUUGUGUGUUUUUGAAAUGUCGGCAUCUUUGAUUGUGUGUUUUCAACCAUUUAUUGAUACAUGGAUCUGUUUCUUUCAGGCCAUGGCUCCCCGGUCUAACAACACAGCCAAAGCUAAAGCAAUAGCACUAAGGAUGAAGGCACUGCAAAUGAAAAGAGAUAAAAAAAAACAGUGUCGAAACCAGCUGUUGAAGAGACUAAUGCACCACCUAAAUCUGCCUUCACCAAACAUGAUCAAUAGUAUGAGAUAUCAUUGUUCUUUGGGUUCCAUUUGUUGAUCAUGCCAACUGCUAUGGGUUAUUGAACUGAUGUUUACUAAAUUUAGCUCCAUUAUGGAUGUAUGUAUAGAUGCAGUAACAGAUUAAUCAAAUAUUGGUAUUUUUGUGAAUGGAUUCCAUAUUUGAUGAAUGCAUUGGGUAGUUUCCAGAUUUACAUAAUUGUGGCGUAACGAGAAUACAAAUAUGUCAUCUGAAUUAGAAAGCAACAACAAAAUGAAAUCUAAAUAUGUUGUUGGACAUAUCUAAUAAUAGCAAUAAGAAAAAAUAUGUUGUUACUUGUGCACUCAAACAACAGAAAAUUGUCAUCUGAAAUAAAAAGCAACGACAAAAUGAAAUCCAAAUAUGUUGUUGGACAUAUCUAAGAACAACAGAAACAAGAAAAAAUAUGUUGUUACUUGUGCACUAAAACAACAGAUAAAUGUUAUUGUAGGCUACUAAAGACGAUAGAUAAAUGUAAUCUGAACUGAAUGCUAAUGACAGUUAACUGUUGUUGGAAUUUGAAUAAAACAACACUAAUCUGUUAUUAUAAGUCCAUUCAGACAACAGAUAGGAUUUCAU